AUGACCGGCAGAAACGAAAAGGAUGCUCCGCACUUUGAAGAAGAAGAAGAAUCGAACUGCGCCACGUGCACUAGACCGGACAGCGAAGAGGAUAUGGUCCAAUGCGACGCCUGCGAUGAUUGGCAUCACUAUUCAUGUGCUGGGGUGGACCAAACCGUAACCAGCGCGCCAUGGAUAUGCAACAAAUGUAUGGAAGCCAAAGAUGAUGAUGCCGCUUCAGUACACAGUCAAGCCAGUUCCAUCCUUUCUGUAAGCCUAAGUCAAAUGAUGGAUCGACAACAACUUGAAAGAGAAAAGGCCGAUUUGGAAGUACAACGUCGUCAUUUGAAGGAACAACAGAAGCUGUUGUUUAAUGCCGCUGGCGGAAUUGGGUUGCAAAAUGUUCCAUCUCUCGAAGUUCCGAGUCAAUCCAAUGCAGCUGCUUCCGGUAUAGCAUCGAGAGGCUUGCUUGGUAGAUUCGCCUCUGCCAUUUCACCAUACGCUAGCUCAACUGAGCAGGUACCUCAUCUUUCGGCACCUUCGGCAGAUCGGAAUCCAACACCACCUACAGCGCGCAGCUUGAGUCAUCAUCACAUAGCACUACGUGAGCUGAAGGCUAGUGUGGAGAGGUGUGAGACCAGUGAUAAGCUAUCGCCGGAACAACUACUCGAACUUCGGAAACAGCUUGAACACUGCCGUCAGUUGUUUACUGUGAGCAAUUCUGAUAAAAGCAAGGAACAAUCGGAUCUGCGGAAACAAUCUGGUGCAAUUCCGAAGACCACUCGUAACCUACCCACCGUACCGGAGGAGAGUCGCUUAUCUAAACAAAACAACGCAAUAGGUGAAUGCGAGGAGGAAGCUACGUUAAAUUCCUGGCGAAUUAAGCAGUCGGUAAGCCAGAAUGGAUUACCGCUGCAACAAGUAGUAGCCCGACAGUCCCUGGGAAGAGAUCUUCCUCGAUUUUCUGGAGACCCCACGGAAUGGCCUAUCUUCAUCUCCAAUUACGAAUUUACCACGGAAGCCUGUGGUUUUUCCGACGCAGAAAACAUGCUUCGUCUGCAACGAUGUUUAACUGGUGCAGCGCUUGAGUCAGUACGCAGUCGACUGGUGCUGCCGGCGGGGGUACCACAAGUUAUUGAAAGGCUGCGAAGACGGUAUGGUCGCCCAGAACUACUAAUAAACGGUUUACUGAAAAAGGUGCGUGAGAUUCCGGCUCUUAAGACUGAUCGGUUGGAAGGACUUAUCAGUUUCAGCGACGCAGUGCAAACAUUAUGUGCUCACAUCGAGGCUGCGAGGGAACACACUCACCUCUCCAACCCAUCCCUACUACAGGAAUUGAUUUUGAAGCUUCCUUCGAACCACCAGAUGAUGUGGGCUAGAUAUCAACGACAGUUCAGCCACGUGAACCUCCAAACCUUUAACGAAUAUAUGGACAUGAUUGUUGAGGAUGCUUCAAGCAUAGUGUCUCUAGAACCGGAAAUAACGACGCGCGUUAGUGGACGAGAUCGACAAAAACCAAAAGCCUUCAUCAACGCGCACGCUGAAGACUGGAUAGAUGCGCAAGCACCGAAGGAAUCCAUGAGGGAAUACGUUUGCGUUAACUGCGAUCAGGUGGGACAUCGGAUUGCCGAAUGUAGAACAUUUAAGGCGCUGAGUAUCGAGGAUCGAUGGCGAAUAGUAAGGUCAAAAAAUCUGUGCCAAAAUUGUUUGUACAACCACGGUCGCAGAUCGUGCCGGUUACGCCAAAGCUGUAAUAUUGAGAAUUGUCGAUAUCGCCAUCACCGUCUGCUCCACCCUGAGGAUGUUCAGUCUACUCCGGUUAUCGUUGCCGAAAAUCACUUCCAUCGAGACCUUAAUAUCUCAUCGUUGUUCAGAAUCUUACCAGUAAAACUGUUCGGAGAGCUCGGCUGCGUUGAAACUUUCGCCUUCUUGGAUGAAGGAUCUGAUCUCACCUUGGUGGAGAAUGAACUCGCAAGCAAUUUGGGAGUGAAAGGCGAUCUUCAACCUCUUUGCCUAAAAUGGACGGGUGACACAUCCCGUCUCGAGACGGAAUCUCAGCGAAUUUCUCUACAAAUAUCGGGAGCGAAUCCUGACAAGCGUUAUAGCAAUGCCAAACCGCGAAUUCUCAUCGGUAUAGAUAAUUUGAGAUUAGCACUUCCGCUCAAAGUAAAAGAAGGUGACAGUAAUGGACCGGUUGCUGUAAAGACCAGAUUAGGUUGGUGUGUCUACGGACCACGCUUGAACAACACGGAAGAAGCAAACAUCUACCAUAUUAGCAAAUGCAAUUGUGAAACCGAUUUACAAGAAUCUGUUAAAAGGUUUCUCGCUGUAGAAGCAUCCGGGACGUCCAGCACACAUGCUCCGCCAUCGGAGGAAGAGCAACGAGCCCUAACCUUACUUGAAUCUACAACAAAACGUAUAGGUAACCGCUUCGAAACAGGCCUGCUGUUUAAAGAUAACUAUGUAGAAUUCCCUGAUAGCUACGCGAUGGCGGAAAAUAGAUUGGUCUGUCUCGAACGACGUAUGCAACGCCAUCCUGCUCUGAAAGAAAACCUUCAUCGACAGAUUCGAGAGUAUGAAUCUAAAGGCUACGCACACAAAGCCAGUAUGGCAGAACUAGAAUCAGCUGAUCCUCGCAAGACUUGGUACCUCCCCAUCGGGGCAGUAACUAACCCAAAGAAACCCGGGAAGGUUCGGAUUAUAUGGGACGCCGCUGCCAAAUCAGAUGGAGUAUCUCUAAACAGCGUGCUUCUGAAAGGCCCAGACCAACUGGUAGCUCUUCCCGGAGUUCUAUUCCGAUUCCGCCAGUAUAGAGUGGCAGUAACCUCUGAUAUACAAGAGAUGUUCCACCAAAUUCGUAUCAGGAAAGAGGAUAUCCACUCACAACGCUUCUUGUGGCGUUCAGAUCCCUCAGAGAAACCCACCAUAUAUUUGAUGGAUGUUGCUACGUUUGGUAGCACUUGCUCACCGGCCUCCGCUCAAUUUGUUAAAAAUAGGAACGCUGAAAUUCAUUCUCAAUUGUAUCCAGAGGCGGCGCAAGCAAUCAUUCGUGACCACUACGUAGAUGAUUAUUUGGCAAGUUUUGAAUCGGAAGAAGAAGCGUUACGAGUGGCUCGUGAUGUACGAACAGUGCAUGGUAAUGGAGGUUUUAAGCUGCAUAACUGGCGAUCAAAUGAUGCGACAGUAUUACAAGGUUUGGGAGAAGAAAAAACACAAACAGCGAAACGUCUUGAACUCUCGGAAGGAGGGCAAACGGAACGAGUCCUUGGUAUGCUAUGGAAUCCUUCGGAUGAUCUGCUAUGCUUCUCUACUCAAAUGAGCGAGGAGGUGCACAAUUUGAUUGUAACGACUACUCGACCAACAAAAAGAUUCAAGAACCGCUCUGGCAUGGAUCAGGGCAGACCCUCGGAACUACCGGCAGUUUGUCUCAUUCAGAGUUGGGGAGAUCCUAAAACAUUCUUCUACCAGUGA